GCCGCUUCCGCGGGAGGAGGAGCCGACGGGCGCGCUUGCUGCUCCGGGUGUUUGCGCCCAGAUGGGGGAGCCUCGGCGCUGGAGAGAGACUUCACCCGCGCCCACAUGCCCCCUUUUCGCAGGCUGCGCUGGCGGCCACAGGUUUGCAGGCCAGAAAGGUCAGCCAUGUCAUCUGAGCCUCCGCCUCCACCACAGCCCCCCACCCAUCAGGCUUCAGUUGGGCUGCUGGACACCCCUCGGACCCGAGAGCGCUCACCAUCCCCUCUGCGGGGCAACGUGGUCCCAAGCCCACUGCCCACUCGCCGGACAAGGACCUUCUCAGCGACCGUGCGGGCUUCACAGGGCCCCGUCUACAAAGGAGUCUGCAAAUGUUUCUGCCGAUCCAAGGGCCAUGGCUUCAUUACCCCAGCUGACGGCGGCCCUGACAUCUUCCUGCACAUCUCUGAUGUGGAAGGGGAGUAUGUCCCAGUGGAAGGCGACGAGGUCACCUAUAAGAUGUGCUCCAUCCCGCCCAAGAAUGAGAAGCUGCAGGCUGUGGAGGUUGUCAUCACCCACCUGGCACCGGGCACCAAGCAUGAGACUUGGUCCGGACAUGUCAUCAGCUCCUAGGAGACGCUGGAAGCACCCCUUCUGUGCCUGUGGGAGACUUGGUGAGGUGGCGGCGGCAGACCCUGGAGAUGACAUUCUUCUACAUGAGAUGGGGCAUGGGCCCUUUCAAGUAUCUCCUGGAGGAAGGGGUGUGUGGGGCAGGCAUGAGGUGCUCCUGGCCACCAGCACAGCCUCUGACCAUCGCAACAACCUCUCACCACCUGAAGAGAAUUAAAAGCAUUUAAAAAGUAGAAGUGCCCCCACUGGUGGCUGCGUGGAGGUUACAACCCCAGCCCAGGGAGUGGAUUGAGGGUGUUUCUCCAGCUGCUCACACACAUGGGCUCAACCCACAGCAUCCCUCUUUCUCCCGGAGCCACAGGCUCCAAAUCCCUGUAUUUGGCCCACUGGCAGCUAACACGGACCCCAUAUGACUUCCCCAAGGUGAAUUUCCAUGCAAGUGCCCCAUGCGCCUCUCCUUGGACUGGGCAAAACAGUCUAAUUCUUGGCUUGUUUGGUACUAGGGGAGCUGCCUUUAAGUGGGUGGGAAAAUGGAGGAGGGGUUUGGAUUGGACAGAUUUUGCUUUUAGGUGCCUUUGCGGUGGGAGUUGGCUUACAUAGCUGGCUGUCUGGGGAAGACAGUUUCCCCAAGCACUCCCAACCCUGGGCACAGCAGGCUGGUAGGGGAAGCUGAACCCCUAACAGUGCUGACCUUUUCACCUGCCUUCUGGUCGUGUGACCAUCACUCAACAGCCAUUUCACAGCCCCUAUCAUUACGGUGGUGGGAAGGGCAGGCUCUUUAAAAAACUUUCUCCCAAUAGAUCCAGAAAAGAGUAGGCAGCUUACCUCCUGACAGUCUGGCAAAGCUGAGAAAGUUGAAGAAGUAUACCUUUGGUGGGGGCGGGGGGGUGGUUCUUUAAAACCAACUCCUACUCAGGUGAUCUGCCAGUCUCAGCCUCCCAAAGUGCUGGGAUUACAGACGUGAGCCACCGCACCCAGCUUGCAAACUUCUUUGUAGGUAUUUCUGGUAAACAAAUCCUUAGAUUUUCUUUGCUGUGGUUUUGGUUUGGCUUUAGUCACGAUUUGAAAGUAGAAAUAGCUAGGCAUUACACUUUUGAAAUACAUGGCCUGUAUGUCAUCAAGAAUCCACCUGUCAACACAUGGAAGCAAACCUUUUGUAAAGAAUGGCUUUUGGGCAGACAGUAACUCAGAAAAGAGGGAGGAUGGUUUGAUGCUGGAAGCAGGAACAGCUUCAGGUACUUACCAGCUCUGCCGAAGUUUGUCCUUUCAGCCUAGGAACUGCUGCCUUUGAAAGGGGUGCAAAGUUGUUUUAAAACAGGCAAAUCUGCUUGUUUGUUGCGAGAGUGUGAUAAACAGCCAGUUCCCAUCCCAGUGAGGUGCUGGGCAGUGUUUUCUUCGCCCGCAGUACCCCUUGUACCGCCUCACUCUCCUCUCGGGCCUCUGCCUUCUGCUGGGUCAAAGGUGGCCUUUUUCUCUCCAGCCGUGAAUUGUUCCCUGGUGGUUUCCCAAGGGCCCAUCUGCUGGUACAGCUACCCUUCCAAAGCUAAGACCCGCACUUUGAAAGACCUGCGAGGGCUCCUUCACUCCCCCCGGCCCCUCUCCCGCUCCAUCCUCACACCUUGGCAUGGUGGCAGGGCUGUUACCUGUGUGCUGGUGCUCUGGCCAGUGGUGAGCUGGGGCGUUGCAUUCUGCUAUUCAGGGGUAACCUUUGGAUUCUCUCUUGGCAGAAUCCUUUGCCAGCGGCUCUUGCUGUUCUUCCUGUAUGGCCACAGCUCUUUAAAUCAAUAGGUAUUCUGGAACUGCAGGAUGUCAAAACUGGAAGGGACGUGACACCAGAUUACAGAAGGUGAAGAUUCUGGAGGCUCUGGGAGGGAUGGAGGGUGUUGCUGGCUGACCAAGAAUUAGAGUCGAGGAGUCCUGAAUCCUCAACCUUUCCUCCCACUGGCCGUCUUUCUCCCAAUAAAGUGUUUUGUGCAAA